ACUUCAGUCAUAUCUAAAAUUUCGGCAGCUUAAGACCUUCCAAUUUUUGUUUGUAAAUAAAGUAUUUUUUUAAAAUUCCCUUUGCGGUUUUUUGUGUGAUACGUCGUUAUUUUCGAAAAUCCAACUCACCCACGAAAAUCAUGUUUCGCAACUUGUCGAUGCUGAGAAACAAGCUGGCAGUGCAGCGGACUCUGAUUUCCCGCCUGACCUCGCGCUCCAAAAUGUCAACCGGAAUUACGUGCCUCACCAUUAAUCGUCCUAGGAACAUCGACGGCGUGACAGUGAUAGAUAUUAAUAUGAAUGAUAUGGCCAAGAAUGAUAUGGAUUUCAAUCGUAAUUUUGUGAAUUCGCUGACAUCGAUGGAUCGCCCUCAUUUCGUUGAACCAGUUCAGCCAGUGGGCACUGAUGCGGUUGAUUCGCCACCUACGGAGGACUCUGCUCCCGCGGAUACCGUGGAUAUCUUGCCCGCCGGUGCACCCAGUUCCGUUCUAGGCGUCGACGGAACUCCCAUUGUACCCAUCGAGAUCGACGGCUGGAAUCAGGACGACGAGGAUCCCACCGUGCAGAAGAACGUGAAGGACGUGGACAUCGGCAAUGACGACGAGUACAAGGCCGAGAUGGCUCUGCGGGUGCCAGAGAUCAGGGAGGCCCAAACCGAGUACAAGGGCAUCAAGGUGAAGCUGCCGGAAACGGCCAACCAGGAUGUGGGCACCUAUCGUUUCCGUCGCGAGGCUGAGGAUCUCAAGGCCGUUGGAGACGACACGCGUCUUGUUCGAUUCGACAAGAAGUAGACGAAACGUGUUUUAGGUUUCAAAUCUCACCCACUAUCUUCCACUUGUGUUAACUUCAACGAAUGCUUUCAAAAUUUGUUUGGAUCUUCUGGUCGACCUCCGCAAAAAACUUUUCCAAUUUUGUAAUGAAGUUGACCAUUCUAACGAGAAUGGCAACUGAAAUUGGAUGGAAGUGGGCUCGGUUGUAGUCGGCGUUACCAUUGAUGUAAUCGGAAUAAAAAUUAACUUUAGGUAUACAA